AUGCAAGUCUCGGAUUUACUCAUUUUUGGAAUAGACGAAUACCAACUCACUUUCGUCGAUUCCAAUAAGAAAUGUGAAAUGGCUUCCAUUGAGGCAAGCUUAAAAAUUAGCAAAAUUCUAGAUAAUAUUCUUGGAAAAUCAGAGAAAAAAGUUAGUUAUUGCAUUGGAAUUUUUACUGACAUGGCGUACAUUGGAAAUAUUGGAAACCAUUCUUUACGUUGCUAUUCUGUGGUUGGUCCAAUUGUUUCAAAUGCUAGAAAAUUGGCAAUUUUUGGGCAUACUCUUGAUUGUAAAGUUUUGGUGGAUAGUGGAACGUUAUCACCUGUAGUAAUAAGUCAAUUUGUGAUUAGACCAAUUGACCGAAUCGAAAUGGAAGUUUUCAAUUCGAAAACUAAACAGAUUAUUUCAGUUCAUGAAGUAUUGAGGGAAAAUUUGGUCAAUCCUGAUGAAUGGCUUUAUGAAUUGGAACAAUCGAAUAGUAAUUCACAAUUUAAAGUUUUACAAAAUUCUUUCGUUUCGAUAUUUGAAGUGGAAACUGAAGAAUCAAACUUUGUAGAGAAAGUCAGAGAAGCAAGACGAAUCUUUCAAAGAUACAUCGAUGAAAAUCCUUCAGAUAUCUUGGUUUUCAAUCGUUUGAUUUAUGUACUCAACUUUCUUCUAGAUUAUUCUGAUGAUUCGAAUGCUUCUCUUUUUGAAUUGUUGAAAAAUUACAAAACAGCACUCCACAGAUCAGUCCAAACUCUUUCUCAUCAUAAUUGUGAAGAUGUUGAAAUAACUUAUAUAAAUUUUAAAGGUUAA